AUGACACGAGAGAAUGAUGUUGAGACCCAGACGGGACACACUGAAAGCACGCCCUUGCUGGUAGGAGAGCAGUCGAGCCAGUCUCAUCCAGAGCAGCAGGAAGAUCAAAAGAGGUCAGCUAGUUGGUACCUGUGGAGGAUAUUCUGGGUCGUUGCUGUGGCCAUUGUCCUUGUAGUCUUCAUCAAAGGCUGGAUUGACGCAGAUGGCGAUGUAAACUUUGAUUUGAGUAAAGCACUCAAGAAAGCGCUUGGCGGCGGCUUGUCCGGGGCUGCAGCAAUGUUAUUGCAAGUGAUUUUGCUCAUGCCGCUGAGGACGAUUAUGAACUACCAAUAUCGCUUUGGAUUCUCGUUCACUGUUGCAACACAAAAGCUCUAUGCUGAUGGCGGGUUUGGUCGAUACUAUUCGGGCAUCGGAGCUGCACUUAUACAAGGACCCGUGGCAAGAUUUGGAGACACAGCGGCCAACGCUGGCAUCUUGGCACUUUUGCAGUCCAACUCAUAUCUGAAGGACUUGCCUUCGCUGGGCAAGACUGUUUUUGCCUCUCUUUGUGCCGCUGCUUUCCGCAUGAUCCUCACUCCCGUCGAUACGCUCAAGACGACUCUCCAGGCCCAAGGUGCCGGUGGGACUGCCCUGCUUCGCCAACGCAUCAAAGAGCAUGGAGUCGGAACUUUGUGGUGGGGAGCUUUUGCCACUGCGGGAGCGACUUUUGUUGGACACUAUCCCUGGUUUGCAACUUAUAACUUGUUGACGGAGAGCAUUCCAGAGCCUCCAAAGUCCGAGCUUUUCCUAUGGCUGCUACGCUUGGCCUUUAUAGGAUUCGUCGCAUCUAUAAUAUCCGACUCUGUUUCCAACUCUCUGAGAGUAGUCAAGACUUAUCGACAGGUCAAUGAUACUAAAGUCUCAUACACCGAGGCAGUGCAGCUGGUGAUCAGAGAAGACGGAAUUUCGGGACUGCUUGGACGAGGACUGCCUACACGCAUCUUGAGCAAUGGCCUUCAAGGCCUACUAUUUUCCAUCCUCUGGAAGCUAUUUUUGGAUAUCUGGGAGCACAAGACAAGCUCGUAA